AUGAUGUCCAAUAGCUCGGGGGUGCGCUCCAGCAGACGCAGGUUAUUAGCUGGGGUUGCCGUAUCUAUCCUUAGAUACGGCGGCCCAGCUUGGGCCUCGGCGCUUAGCGUCGAACGUAACCUGCAGAAGCUGGAGAGUAGGUGUCGACAGAUAUCGGAAUGUAGCGAUGACAGUAUCGUAUUUUGUUACGAGAGCGAUGGAGAGGAUUCCGCCCAUCAGCCCGAUCACGCAUAUGACGAUGAAGAUUAUUCCGAAGAAGAGGGCACGGAUGAAGAAGAUAGCUGUGAUGAAGACAGUGAAGACACCCUGUCACAUCAACCUGAUUCGGGGUUUGAGGAAAAAAAGGUACAAUUCAAUCUGAAGCCGGUAGUACACGUGAUGAGAACAUGGGACUUUGCAUACCGCCAAGCCCGCAAAGGAGAAUGGGAAAUGGCUGCCAGAGAUCGAGAGCGAUUUAAAAAACGGAUCAAAGAAACUGAAAUCAUCCUCUGUCCGGUAUUUGAUCAAAAUUUACGUGAUAAAGUUUAUAGGGAGAGAUUUUGUUAAUGUAAAUAAUUUUAACGUUCUCUUUUUCAACUUCAGUGUGUAACCUAAUAAAUCUAUGCAAAUGUUCUGGCUCCUGGUAUCCAAUGACUUUUCGCAUACAAGUUAUAGUAAAAUUAUUUCUAUCAUAAGAACCAAAUAAAUAAACUUCCAUACCAAACUA